CAUCCUCACAACAACAUUGAAGAAGACGCUCUUGAUCACUAUCAAAUCCGACCUCACAUAAUUUAGCCUACUCCUGUGCGAGCUAGAGCAAAUAAAUCAUCAGAGAUACGUCUCUGCAAUCGUGUUUCGACGCAGCCCACAAAGUGGCUUCUCUGUAAUAGGCGUCUUCGCGAAUCAAGUAUCGCCAGAAAGCUAGCCUUUGACACAUAUCGCGCCCCGUUUUCUCGGUGCAAGCGCACACCGCUAGAAUCAAGAACACCCCACAUUGUUGACAACUUCAGCCAACGGCUUCUAUUGCAUAUUAUCGCUUGAGCACGCACAAGUGCAAGCAAAUCGGUUCAUCACCACGAUACAAUCAAUUUCUCCCUUGGAGGCUUUAGACCACUUUCCCCGUUGAAGUAGACUUUUCGCACGAGCAAAAUGUCAGCCGACUUAGCAAGUCGGCUACAGGCGACAAGCAUCAGCGAUGCUGCGCCAUCGAGUACGAUGUCGAGUAAAUACCCAGGUGCUGUUGCUCCACCGAAAGACCUACGACCGCAAACGGAGGACGUAACGAAUACGAGAGGACUGGAAUGGGAGGAGUUCUACUUGUCGCGAGAACUGCUCAUGGGCAUCUUCGAGGCAGGCUUUGAGAAGCCAUCGCCGAUUCAAGAGGAGGCGGUGCCAGUUGCAAUGACUGGCAGAGAUAUCUUAGCACGGGCAAAAAAUGGCACGGGCAAGACAGGUGCCUAUGUCGUACCAACCCUCAACAAAAUCAAUCCGAAGGAAAACCACAUUCAAGCCCUCAUUCUCGUGCCGACACGUGAACUAGCACUCCAAACGUCUCAAGUAUGCAAGACUCUUGGCAAACACCUGGGAAUAAAUGUUAUGGUCAGUACAGGUGGUACUGGUCUGAGGGAUGAUAUUUUACGAUUGAGCGAGACAGUGCACAUUAUUGUCGGCACACCUGGGCGUAUCCUGGACCUUGCUAGUAAAGGAGUGGCCGACCUCUCCCAGUGCACGACGUUUGUCAUGGAUGAGGCUGACAAGUUGCUGUCUCCUGAGUUCACGCCGGUCAUUGAGCAAUUGCUGAGCUUUCAUCCGAAAGAUCGUCAGGUGAUGCUUUUCUCAGCAACCUUCCCUCUUAUCGUCAAAGAUUUCAAGGAUAAGCACAUGCACGAUCCGUACGAGAUCAACCUGAUGGAUGAAUUGACACUCCGAGGGAUCACGCAGUAUUAUGCUUUUGUUGAGGAAAAGCAAAAGGUCCACUGCCUGAACACACUAUUCAAUAAACUGCAGAUCAAUCAGUCGAUUAUCUUCUGCAAUUCGACAAACCGCGUUGAGUUGCUUGCCAAGAAGAUCACUGAACUCGGAUACUCAUGUUUCUAUUCUCAUGCUCGAAUGCUGCAAUCUGCACGCAAUCGCGUCUUCGCUGAUUUCCGCGCCGGUGUUUGCCGUAAUCUGGUUUGCUCCGACCUCUUGACCCGAGGUAUUGAUAUUCAAGCUGUCAAUGUAGUUAUCAACUUUGAUUUCCCCAAGAACGCAGAGACAUACCUUCAUCGAAUUGGUCGAUCCGGUCGUUUUGGGCACUUGGGUCUGGCCAUUAACCUAAUUAACUGGGAAGACCGCUAUAACUUAUACAAAAUCGAACAGGAAUUGGGCACUGAAAUUCAACCCAUUCCCCAGGUCAUCGAAAAGAAACUCUAUGUAUAUGAUACUCCGGAAACUAUUCCACGACCCAUCACGACUGCACAACGACCAUCUGACCAGCAGAAUGGAAAUGCAGCGCUACAGCAGCCAGGAGCAGCAACUGGGCAAGGUCCAACGUCACGCCAGCCAGGUGGCGGACGCGGUAAUUUUAAGGGCCGAGGUCGUGGUGGUGGUCAUCAACAACCUCGGGGACCGCCUCGAGACAGCCAACAAGGUGGGUUCCAGGCGCGUCAGAAUGGUGGUCAAAGAGGUGGCCAUGGGCCUGUUUCGUAAGAAACCUUCGGGUCGGUACCCCUUCAUUUUCUCAAUAAUGCAUUUUCCGGAGUUUGUCCAGACGGGGUGACGAAGGACAUGAUACCUGAUGGCGUUAACUGGAGUUUUGAUUUCCUUUUCGUUUUUUUCUUUGACGGAAUUUUCGUUAGUGGCAUAAGCGAAACUGCGCGACUGGCUGGAUCAGGAUUUAACAAUCUCAGUGACGACCCAGUUCCUAAGCACACAAAUGGUGUGCGUGGAGCUUUCACUGAUCUUCUUCUGCCACCCUCUAGGCUCUUGUCGACUCUUCUUCCGAUGCAUUGCAGACACAUAUCUUGCGGAUUUUACUGAUCCCUUGUCUCUUUUCUCAAAACUUUACGAAUAACAUACGACAUGGCGACCUAACGCGUUUGGUUCCCUCCGAAUUGGCGGCGCGGCCAUGACGUGCCCCCUACACAUAUUUGCUGCAUAUAUACCGGAUGGGGUUAUGGACUCUCGUUUAAGAAAGCCUUAGAGCGCGAUUGGGAUUGGAACUGUUUUACAACACACUUUUGGGCCUGAACAGGUCAUCGCCUCUCAGCCAGAACGUUCAAACUCGCCUGUAACACAACAAAAUCAUCGCGUCAUUAACUACUCACCAACCAAAUAUCCUCAUUUCCUCGCCGAACGAGACUUCACGCUGCCUAGGAGCCGUCUACGAUCCAAAACCUUACAUUCUAGGCAUGCUUCACUUCGACCUUGUAUACGAUAACAGGGGUAAAUUCCCUAGUGUCGACUGUUGACAUUGUUGAUCACCUACCCUCUCAGCACAAAUGGAGAGUCUGCCAGAUCAGAUCCAAGUCACACGUUCUUGCUUUAAGCUCAAUGCCUGAAGUCGCUCCCCUGAUGCGAUUUCAUCUCCGCAGUCAGGACGUAUGACUUGGUGGGAAAAAAUGACUACAAAAGACCUUUCUCAGGGCUUGCCGAAUUGCAAGGAUUUUCUGGUCACUGGAAAACCCCGGUUAGAUAACUACUGCAAUGCCAAACCAUCCAAGCCCUCAUGUUAAGUGUGUCUUUUGCUGUCGUUGCCUGAAUG